GCUCACACCCUCUUCCCCACUCCGCCUCUGUUUCUCCCCUCCCGGCCGGCCGCUCCUCCACAAUUCAUACCCCUUCCGAUCUUCCUCCUCCCUCAACCGCCACCGGAAAACUGUUCAUGAAAGACAAGGGUAAUGUGGUAAAUCCCUCACCCAGAAUCUGUGACUGCAGAGGAUAAAGUGGAGUAACAUUGAUGAUUGAUGAGACCUUUCGCUGAAAAAAUGGCCGGCGGUUCUUUUUCCGGCGAAAAGAAGCCGCAUUGGUGGCUUACCAACCGAAAGAUUGCUGAGAAAUAUUUGAAGGAUGCGAAGCUUCUUCUUGAAACUAAUGAACCAAAAGCCAUGGCUUCUGCUCUGAGUCUUCUGGAUGCGGCCCUUUCUCUGUCUCCCCGGAUGGAGGUCGCCGUUGAGUUAAAGGCCCGGACUUUGCUGGUUCUCCGGCGGUAUAAGGACGUCGCCGAAAUGCUACAGAGUUAUAUUCCCAGCCUUAAUAGAGAAUCUUUCGAUGAAUCGGCGUCGACAUGUUCGUCUUCUUCAGAGUCGUCGGAUGGGUCUUUCAGGAAGGAGCAAGUCAAGCUUCUCUUCUCCGGGAUUGGCUCGCCGGGCCGGGCCGGCGAUUCCAUUUUCAAGUGCAUCUCUGUCUCCGGCUUGAAAAAGAAGCUCAUGGCUGGCCUCUGUAAAAGCUGCCAAAAGGAUGGACCGUGGAGGUACUUAAUAUUGGGACAAGCAUGUUACCAUUUGGGGUUAAUGGAAGACGCUAUGGCCCUUUUACAGACCGGAAAACGCAUCGCCUCCGACGCUCUACGGCGUCAGAGCAUUUGCUGGUCCGACGACAGUUUCUCAUUCUCCAAAUUCCCGAUCUCCGGCGAGAUUCCGAACUCCCCUUCGACGGCGCCGAUGACAGAGCCCGAUACCAUUUCCCAGAAGCUCAACCACAUUAAGCAGCUCCUCCGGCGAAAGACGUCGGCGAUCGCCGCGAUGGACGCCGGGCUCUACCAGGAAUCCAUCCGGCACUUCACCAAGAUCGUCGACGGCCGGCGUGGAGCCCCCCAGGGGUUCCUCGCGGAGUGCUACGCGCGAAGAGCCUCUGCCUUCCAAUCCGCCGGAAAAAUCGCUGACGCAAUUUCCGAUUGCAACCGGUCGCUGGCAUUGGAGCCUUCUUCCGUUGAAGCUCUGAGAACCAGAGCUUCCCUGUUCGAGACAAUCCGAUGUUUGCCCGACAGUCUUCACGAUCUGGAACACCUGAAACUGCUCUACAACACGAUGCUACGUGAUCGGACGUUGCCCGGACCGUUAUGGAAACGCCAGAACGUUCAGUACAGGGAAAUUCCGGGAAAGCUCUGUUCUUUGGCCGCGAAAAUUCAGGAAUUGAAAAAAAGGGUCGCUUCCGGUGAGACAAGAAACGUAGAUUACUAUGGAUUGAUGGGAUUGAAGAGAGGAUGUUCAAGAGCAGAAUUGGAAAGAGCCCAUUUGUUGCUUAAUCUGAGACAUAAACCCGAUAAGGCGAUGAGCUUCGUUGAGAGAUGUGAGUUUCCAGAUGAAAAAGACAUUGAAGCAGCUAGAGACAGAGCAAAGAUGUCUGCUUUAUUACUUUAUAAAUGGCUUCAGAGGGCUCAUGCAAGUUUACUGAAAACCGUCAUUGAAGAAGAAGAAUCAGAGAAACAGAACAGAGCUAUAGCUGCCGCUGCUGCGGUGGUAAUUCAAGAACCCAAAGUAGAAGAGACACCACCGCCGGCGCCGGUGUUUCACGGUGGGUUCUGCCGGGAUCUCGCCAUGGUUGGGAGUUUGUUAUCUCAAUCUGGGUUUAGUCAUCCCAUUCCCAUGAAUUAUGAGGCAGUGAGUUGCUGAGAAUCCCAGAGCUUAACAGUAUUGAACUACCUGGGCGGAAAUGCCCGAGGAUAAUUGAUUAUAAUUAUUGUUAUAAUUAUAAUUGUUGCUUCGUAAAUGAAGGAGGGAUUAUGUACAAAUUGAUGCCUGAAUGGAUGAAAAUAAGCAAAUCUGUAGCUUGGCAGCAGGGAUUUUCUUGAUCUUUUUCUGCUUGAGAAUGUAAAUGUUCUGUUUGUUAUUGGGUCAGAUUACUAAUUUUCUUGAUUCUUCACCCUUUUUAAUGUUUCCG